AUCUCUGACAACGCCCAUCCGCUUUAGCUUUAUAUCUUCGAAGAUCCCCUCAAUAAAAGCACCCUACCACGUAAACAUGUCUCGCUUCGUGAACAGCCUCACCGUCGACGACCGCGACGACCGCGAUAUCCCACCGACCUGCAUCCAGAUCAUCGACGGAAACAACCCCGACAUUAACGCCGGGUUCGGUGGCAAGUUUGUCUACAUCGUCGUCGGCCACACCUCCAAGCCCGAGUUCGCCCUCACCGACAUCCAGAUCCUGGUUCAGGAGGACGAGAAUAAGGACUACCACGAUCUGGCCAAGGGGGCGGGCGGGGCCUACCGCUACAUCCACACCCUGCAGGGCACGGGCGCCCCCAUCGUCGAUGUCAAGCUGCUGCGGCGGGCAGAGAAGGUCGAGCUGUCUACGGUCCAGGCGCUCGGGUAUAGCCAUAUGACAGGGGACAUCAAUGCGGGUCGCGGGGGGGAUUAUUUGCAUAUCAUCUGGAAGACGGCUUGAGCGGUGUUGGGUCCUUUUGUGGUCAGACAUGCCGGAAUGAGUGACGUUGGGAGUUUUGCCAUCUGUCUAUGACCUUUGAGUGUAUUGAGAUGUGAGGUAGAAUGAGAAUGAACAAGGUUGAUGCGGACUUGGCUAGACGUGAUCCUAAAGAGACAGCUAUUGC